CUUCGCGGAAACACAAAAUGGCUGCUGCACCAGCGGAAGUGACGUCAUGCAAGUCUCGGCGUGGAUACAAUGUAGGCAGAGAGAACGCGGAGAGACUCAGUGAGAAGGAGAAGGAGGAGGAGAGCAGCGUGCUGUUUGCUAUCAUUAUUCAAUAUGUCAACACAAAUUAAGGACAAAGAAGCUUUUCAGCGAAUCAAUUUUCUAUACCAGGCUGCACACUGUGUAUUGGCUCAAAACCCUGAGAAUGUGGCACUUGCUCGCUUCUAUUGUCAUACAGAAAAAAUGAUCAGCAAGCGACUGGUGCUUAGACAGGACCCAUCUAUUAAAAGAACUAUAUGCAAAAGGUGCAGCUCUCUGCUUCUUCCUGGAGUCACCUGUACUGUACGACAAAAAAAACACCGUGGGCAGAGGCAAACUGUUGUACGAUGUUUGAGUUGUGGCCUAAUUAAACGGUUUCUCAGUAACCCAAAUUACAAGUUAUGGUGUGAACAGCCAGAGGCUCUACUCGAAAAUCAGCCAAAAGCAGAUAUAAAUCCUCAAAAAGAACCAAAAGAGAGAGAAACUAAUUUGAAGAAUGAAGAAAAGAAAACUACUUCAUAGAUGACAUUCUUAUAUCAAACUGAAAGCUUUGUAAUUUGUUUUGCAUGGCUGGUUAAUUUAUGUACAUAUCCUAUACACCUUACAACAUACUUUGAGCAAGAUGUAAAAAAAAAAAAAAAGAUUUAUUUUUA